UAUUGUUCUGUUUACCUUUUUGACCACGUGAAUGUGGUUUUAUCGGCUUUUCAUUAGACUUUGUUACUAGAAGGUGACUGUAGUAGAUUAUCUGUUCUUCUCUGAAAACUUUUGAGAAAAAAAGCAUGGCCGGCAAAGGUAAAGUUGGAAUCGUCGGAAGUGGCUUCAUUGGCAGAGGAUGGGCAAUGCUCUUUGCUAGUACAGGCUACAAAGUUGCUUUAUACGAUGUUGAUGUCUCGAAAAUUGAUGAUGCUCUCACUGAUAUAGAGCAGCAACUAAAGAAGCUGGAAGAUACUGGAUAUCUACGAGGAAAACUUACCGCUGCAGAGCAGUUUAGUCUUAUAUCCAAAUGUGGCACUCUCAAAGAAUGUAUGGAAGGAUCUAUCCACAUCCAGGAGUGUGUCUUUGAAGAUUUAGAUUUGAAGAGAAAAGUGUUCAAGGAGCUUGACUCCCUUGCAUCCGAUUCCAUAGUUUUGUGCAGUUCCACCAGCUGCUUCCCUGCCUCAUCCUUCUCAGAAGAUUUGAAGCACAGAGCUCAAGUGAUUGUUGGACACCCUGUCAAUCCACCGUACUAUGUGCCACUUGUUGAAGUUGUACCUGCUCCCUGGACAGAUCCUGAAGUGACUACAAGGACUAAAGCUUUGAUGUCUGACAUUGGGCAGAAGCCUGUGAUUCUAAAAAAAGAAAUUCCCGGCUUUGCAGUGAAUAGGAUACAGUAUGCUCUCAUCAAUGAAUGUUGGCGCUUAGUCGAGGAUGGUAUUAUGUCUUUGGAAGAUGUAGAUACAGCAAUGUAUGAAGGUCUUGGCAUGCGAUAUGCAUUUAUCGGUCCUUUGGAGACAUGUCACUUAAAUGCUGAAGGCAUGCUUGACUAUUGCAAGAGGUAUGGCGAAGGAAUCUACAAAGUCUCCAAUACUUUUGGGCCAAACCCUAGGAUGGAAGGGGAAGCAGCAAAACGUGUACAUGAAGAAUUAUGCAAGAUCUCCCCUCUGGAGAAGAUAGCAGAAAGGCGUAAGUGGCGAGAUGCCCGCCUCACCGCCCUCGCUAAGAUGAAGAGGAUUCUUGAAGAGCAAGAGAAAGGAGAUGCCUAAAAUGUCCUCGUGCAAUAUGAUGUGAUUGGUGCCUCAAAUCGUGAUAGAAUUGUUUUGAUAUUAAAAUCUAUUUUUCUAGUG